AGAGGGAGCACGAGUGCGGCAGGAAGAAGUUUGUGUUGAGUUGCUAAUUGUUCCUGUAGUAGAAGUGACAGCCACAUAAUUACUUGUGUUAAUAUUUUACUCGAAGAGUACAAACUUAUUUCUACAGGUGUGUGUAGGGUCAUGAAUUUGCUGUGUGUAGAACGUCUCGAGGACGACCAACGUGCGGAAAGGGACAGCGUCAUUUACGACGAUUCACGCGUUUUCAAAAAUCUUUUAGAAGAAGAAAAGAACAGCAUUCCGCCGAUAAAUUAUUUCGUCAAGAUCCAGAAAGAUAUUAAACCCUUCAUGAGGAAAAUUGUGGCUACUUGGAUGAUGGAAGUAUGUCAGGAGCUGCAGACGGCAGCAGCAGUGUUCCCGCAAGCAGUGAACCUGCUGGACCGCUUCCUCUGUGGCACCUGCGUGCGCCGGACGCAGCUCCAAGCGCUCGCCUGCGCCUGCUUGCUCAUCGCCGCCAAGCUGAGGCAGUGCUGCCUGCCAGUUACCGCGCUGUGCCAUUUCACAGACAACAGUGUGCCGCCCGAGGAGAUCACCGCCCUGGAGCUGGUGGUGCUGUCGCGCCUGCAGUGGCGAGCCUCCGCGGUGACGGCCGUGGACUUGCUGGAGCAGCUGGUGCCCCGCCUGCCCUGGGCAGCCGCGCUGCGCCGGCACGCGCUCUCCGUGGCCGCCCUCUGCUGCACCGGCAGCUGCGGCCAGAGAAAGGAAGGUGGAGGGGAGGGGGCUGAGCUCGCCACACAGCUGGGGGCGGCAGGUGGGCAGGCGGCGGCUGCCCGCAUUGCGCAGCAUGCGGGGCUUCUGGACCACGCGAGUCGCGACUUGCAGUUCAAGGCUGGCGCGGGCAGGUUGGCGCUGGACGUGGCCCUGCAAGGCAGGCUGCGAAGGGACUGA